AGCAGCCUGUGAGCUUUAGUUUGAGGUGUGAUGGUUAAUUCCUGAUCAGUGAGCGUUUGGGCUUUGACACAAUGGCUGGAAUAGUGCUAGGUCGAUGUGUCAGCAGGACUUCACUGUCAGCACUUGGUGGAAAAGGUGUCAGAAUCAGAGGGACAAACCUGCACUACUGGACACCUCUAAGAAGGACUGCUGCCACUGCUCUGACUGGUGGGAGAGCUGCACUCCUCCUGGGGCUUCCUGCACUAUCCUAUCUAGGUUAUGGAGUUUAUCACAGAGCGCAGAGUUCAGCUGUGGUCUACGCUUUGGAAAAAGGUGAGGUUUUGGAGCAAGCCGACUACUUGUACAGCUGUGCAGAAACAGAGAAGCUGUACCAGCUGCUGCUGCAGUACAAGGACAGCGAUGACGCAGAGUUCCUUUGGAGGCUGGCCCGGGCUUCUCGUGACAUGUCCCUCCUGCCCAACAUGGAGGCCGAACGGAAGAAGCAGCUGAUAUUUGAGGGCUUUGAAUAUGCAAAGAAAGCGCUGGAGAAGGAUGAGAAGUGUUUCGCAGCGCACAAAUGGUAUGCAGUAUCUCUCAGUGAUGUCGGGGAAUACGAGGGAGUUAAGGUGAAAAUUGGAAAUUCCUACAUCAUCAGGGAACAUCUAGAGCGAGCCGUUGAGCUCAAUCCCAAAGAUGCCACUUCGUUACAUAUUUUGGGCCACUGGUGCUUUGCUUUUGCUGAGCUGCCUUGGUAUCAACGCAAAGUGGCGGCUGUCAUUUUUUCAUCACCACCCAUGUCCACAUAUGAGGAGGCUUUGGAGUUCUUCCUGAAAGCUGAAGAUGUUGAUCCCAACUUCUACAGUAAAAACCUGCUAAUGCUUGGGAAGACCUACAUGGGCAUGAAAGACAAAGAGAAAGCACUGCUCUAUCUGACCAAAGCUAGAGAGUACCCUGCUCACACACUGGAAGACAAAGAGGUCCAUAAGGAGGCUGUAGACCUCUUGAAGAAACUUGGAUGAAGUUAUUACCACCGAUUGGAACAUGAGGCAUUUGCGGACAUUCGGACUGUAAAUAAUUGCUAACAAAUGUUUUUUUUCCAUCUGCUUGUGUAAUUAAUACAGCAGAACCGUGUUGGAUCAUUUAGAGUUUUAGUUAAAUUAAAACUACAACAGGAUCAUCGUUUGAUAUUGAAGUAGUGAACAGGAUGGUCUCCGUGUAUCUAUUCAUGCCUGUAUCCCCUUUACACUGACUUUUCUCUGACAUCCAUCUUGUGUUCUGAAAACGGAGGAGACGCCACGAAGAGAAAUGUGGGACAGUGAAGCAUACAACCGAUAUUAUUCUGUAUGGGAAAAAGUUGCAUGUUGAAAAUUACAGUGGUUAAAUAAAAAAAUGUAACAACUUUCAUCACCAAACUGUAUCUGUUUAACAAUAAUUGAAGCACUAGUAGCUGGUUUCUCAAAUCAAAUGUCAGUUAUAAUCAAGUAUACACAUUUACUAUGUUUAACCUGGAAUGCAGGUUGUUUUGUUUUUUGAGAUCAAAAUAAUAAAUCUUGGCCACAAAUGCA